UUUCACAUCCACAGCAGACACAAAGGAACAUCCUGAGGUAAAUCUCAAACAGCGCCCAGAAGGAAAAGGCGGGAAAAAAGGGAAACGCCUCCUUUCCACCCGCAGCAACCAAUCAGAGCGCAGAUCCCCUCAGGCGGGAGCCCGCCCUCCCCCCCUCAGCCGCAACGGGGUCUUCAAGACCUUUGGGCCACUUUCUCUUUUGGGGAGAGAUGACGGCAUCUUCCAGUAUCUCAGGGGCUGCCGGAAAGAAUAUUUAUUUUUUAUUUUCUCUUCCCUUCCCUUCUAUUCUAUCAAUAAGAAGCAGACCGAAGGAAAGAGGUGGAAGUGGAGAUGCGCGAUAUAUAAGAAAUCAACCAAAUCGCUCUGGAAUGCAUUUGGGUUGAUAUGAAAGCGGGAGAAGAAGCACAGAGGUCGAAGCCUUUGUCCGACAGGGAGCCAUGGAGAGAGGGGCCUUUCUUCCCCCUACUCCCAUGCCCAUCAUCCCCGCCCUCUCCCUUCCCCCUCCCACGCGCUCCUCUUUCCCGCCCUUUCUACCAUCCUGGCACUUUGCCCCAAGUCCACCAGGGGGCGCCCUCUGCCAAGGGAAGGGAACCACAGGCGCUUCCCCAUUGGCCCACUGGAGGGCGAACGUCACAUCCGACUCUCCAGAAGAGGCUGAGAAGGAAGUGACAUCACAAACGCUUGCCUCUCUAGGACUCCGCACUCGCUCUCCUUACUCCCUGGGACCCCGGAGAAGGCGGAGAGGCUGCGGGAGAAACUGGCGGGGGGCGGGGGGACAUCCAGACGUGCCCCUGAUACAGAAACUGGAAGCCAUUUGUGGUCUUUGCAAGGCAAACUUUUCUCUUGGGGGAGAAAAAAAGAGCAGAAUCACCUGCAGGGAUCAGUCCUGCGGCCCUAGAAAUGGUCCCGUGAAGGAAACGGCAUCUGGAGACCCACCAGAGUCCUUGGAGCCAUUUGGAGUUGCUCUGCAGGACAGAGAAAGGAUGGAGACACAACCUUUGGGAAAGGAGGGAGCCGGAAAAGGCCCUUCAGCUGCUCAGCCUGGGAAUUGGGGGAAGCUCUGGACAAGGACUGAGCAGAAGAUCCUGGAGGAGGAAACUAUCCUCCCUUCAGAAGUUCAGCCCUGGAACUUCAUCCAAUACCGGGAGGCUGAGGGUCCCCGAGGACUUUGCAGCCGACUCCAUGACUUUUGCAGGCGAUGGCUGAGACCAGAAAAGCACACCAAAGCCCAGAUGCUGGACCUGGUGGUUCUGGAGCAGCUCCUGGCUCUCCUGCCCUCAGAGAUGGAGGGCUGGGUGCGGGAGUGUGGAGCAGAGACCAGCUCCCAAGCGGUGGCCCUGGCUGAAGGCUUCCUCCUGAGCCAGGUGGAGGAGCAGAAGGAGCAGGUCCAGCUGCAGUGCUGCACUGUGGAGAUCAGGGAUCCUGAGGGAAAGAAGAACCCAUCAAAUCCUCCCCAGGAGCUAUUUUUCAGGAGGAUCCCUUGGGAAGAUCCAAGUCAGGACACCUCAGGAGAGAAACAAAGAAUGAAGCUUUCUGGUUUUUAUGAUGGAGAUCAAACAGCGGUUGACCCUCCAAGUCAAGAGAGUCUUGUGUCCUUUGAGGAGGUGGCUGUGUCUUUCUCUGAGGAGGAAUGGUCUCAGCUGGAUCCUGACCAGAAAGCACUGCAUUCGGAAGUCAUGCUUGAAAACCAUAGGAACGUGGUCUCUCUGGGUAAUAAUGGGCAGGAGAAUCAAGAUUUCUGUCAACUGUUCCAAGUCAUCUAUGCUAAAGAUGGAACAGAGAAGUUUGGAAUUCGAAUGGAAUUAGGAAGCCAUGAGAGAAACCAGUCAAAGAAUUGGAAUCAGGAAAGUUCAUCUUUCACAGAUACUCCGAUGGAAGACUUUCUUGCCCAACAAGAGAAAAUAAUGAAAAAAUAUGUUGAGAAAAGUGUGAAGCUAAUCAAAGCUAAAAUACAAGUAAAUGAACACUAUUUAACCCAAAACAAAGGAGAAGAUGCUAUAAGAAGACACAAUGGACAACAUUACAAUGAGACAUUCAUUCUUUCUCUUGGAAAUAACUUCCUUACAUCUGAAAAAACGAUUGACACAAAAGAGAAACCGUAUAAAUGUUUGGAAUGUGGAAAAUGUUUUGGAAUAAGCGGGCAACUUAUUAUCCAUAAAAGGAUCCACACACAGGAGAAGCCAUAUAAAUGCAUGGAGUGUGGAAAGACCUUUGCUCGAAGAGGAAAUCUUAUUUCCCAUAAGAUGAUCCACACAGGAGAGAAGCCAUAUAAAUGCAUGGAGUGUGGAAAGACCUUUGCUCAUAGCAGUACACUUAGUAACCAUAAAAGAAACCACACAGGGGAGAAGCCAUAUAAAUGCUUGGAGUGUGGAAAGACCUUUGCUCAAAGUGGUAAUCUUAUUUCCCAUAAGAUGAUCCACACAGGGGAGAAGCCGUAUAAAUGCAUGGAGUGUGGAAAGACCUUUGCUCAAAGAGGUCAUCUUACUUCUCAUAAGACGAUCCACACAAGGGAGAAACCAUUUAAAUGCAUGGAGUGUGGAAAGACCUUUGCUCAUAGCGGUACACUUACUAACCAUAAAAAAAACCACACAGGGGAGAAGCCAUAUAAAUGCAUGGAGUGUGGAAAGACUUUUGCUGACAAACGUAAUCUUAUUUCCCAUAAGAUGAUCCACACAGGAGAUAAGCCGUAUAAAUGCACGGAGUGUGGAAAGACAUUUACUCAGAGCAGUGGACUUAGAAGCCACAAAAAGAUCCACUCAGGAGAGAAACCAUAUAAAUGCAUGGAGUGUGGAAAGACCUUUGCUGACAAACGUAAUCUUAUUUCCCAUAAGAUGAUCCACACAGGAGAGAAGCCGUAUAAAUGCAUCGAGUGUGGAAAGACAUUUACUCAGAGCAGUGGACUUAGAAGCCACAAAAAGAUCCACUCGGGAGAGAAACCAUAUAAAUGCAUGGAGUGUGGAAAAACCUUUUCUCAAAGAGGUCAUCUUAUUUCCCAUAAGAUGAUCCACACAGGGGAGAAACCGUAUAAAUGCAUGGAGUGUGGAAAGACAUUUACUCAGAGUGGUGGACUUAGAAGCCACAAAAAGCUCCACACAGGAGAGAAACCAUUUAAAUGUAUGAAGUGUGGAAAGACCUUUGCUAAAAGAGGAAAUCUUAUUUCCCACAAUAGGAUCCACACAGGGGAGAAACCGUAUAAAUGCAUGGAGUGUGGAAAGACAUUUACUCAGAGCAGUGGAUUUAGAAGCCACAAAAAGCUCCACACAGGAGACAAACUAUUUAACUAUUUAAAUGUGUGGAAAGACCUUUGCUCAAAGAGGAAAUCUUAUUUCCCAUAAGAGGAUCCACUCAGGAGAGAAGCCGUAUAAAUGCAUGGAAUUUGGAAAGAGCUUUGCUCAGAAUGGUCCUCUUACUUCUCAUAAAAGGAUCCACGCUCAGGAUAAACUAUAUAGCAAUAGCAAUUCUACUUAGAUUUAUAUACUACUCCACAAUGCUUUACCACUUUAUCUCUGAGCAGUUUGCAAAGUCCCCCGCAAUCUGGCUCCUCAUUUUAGCAAUCUCAGAAGGAUGAAAGGAUGAAUUAACUACUAAAAGUAAUCUAUGUGAGUUGAAGGUGUUUUCAAUAAAAUGCCAAUUUGAAACUUU